AAUAUUUGGUAUGCUUUCAUAAAUGUGUAAUACCCAAAACUGGUGCUAAAGCUUCUAAUUUAUAAGUAGCAAUAUAUUAGGAACCAAACCUAAUUUUCUCUAACCUUGGGACAGAAAUAAGGUGCCCACAUGUAAUUUUAAAUGCCACAGGUCACAGCUGCCUGACCUACAUAUCUCACCCCGGUAUCAGAUGGAGGUAGAGCUCUAGGUCUGGGAUCAAUGGGGCACUGCCGGGUCUCUUCCAUCUGGGAUCCCAAGCCCCUCCUGCCUCCUGGGUCUCUGCAGGAGGAUGGGGGAGGGGCAUGAGGGCAAAAGGAAGGAAUUGGGGGGGGGCAAGUCCCCUUCCUGUUCAGACCAAGUUCACUUCCAAGCCUGACCCUCUCUGCUGCCCUCCCGUUCUGGUUAGAGUCUCUCCCCAGAGGACAGGGCCUUUGUAAGUGCUCAGAGACUUCAAGCUCUGUAAUUCCAUGUUGGCCAGGGUCCAUCCUAGGAAGAAAAGGCAAAGACAAUGUCUCCCUCACCCUGAGAUCCUUCUCCCUCCCCAGGUCAGCUUGCAGAUAACCAAAGGCUAUUCCAAGAGAGAACCUGGAGCCAGAGAGAAUGGUCCCUGGGACCCAGACACCCUCAUCCCAGGAGUUGGUGACAUUCAAGGAUGUGGCUGUGGAAUUCACCAAGGAGGAGUGGCACCUCUUGGACCAUUCUCAGAAAGAGUUGUACAAGGAGGUCAUGCUGGAGAAUGCCCAGAACCUGCUCUCUGUGGGAAUUCCAGUUUCAAGAGAAGAUUUGAGCUCCCUUUUCCAGGAAGGGGAACUAGCAGGGAUGGCAGAACAAAAAGGUCCAAGGAACUCCUGCCCAAGUGGAGAGACCAAGUUUGAAGUGAAGGAGAUGGCUACAAAGGUGAACAUUUUUGUGGAAGAAUUUGGCCAACAUAGAUUUGAGAGUGAUGGUGCCUGUGACAUCACAAGAGAAAUCUGUGACUCUCAUACCAAGGUGGAAAAAAUUCCUAAGACAAUCUAUGAGUCUGAUUUUACUGUGGAAUGA